AUGGGGAAACAGACUGGUGGAGCGUGCGCGCGUUCAGGCUCCCGAGUUGCCUCCUUUGGUGGAAGACAGCGAGAUUCGGGAGGUGGGGCGGCGGAGCAGCGAGGGCCCGGGGACGUGGAGCAGGGGAAGCGGGAGGCGAGCUCCAGCGAGUCCCCGGCCUGCUCAACCCUUCCGCGCCCGGCGCUGCCGCUGCUCCACCUCCCUCCUCUGUCCCCGCGUGUGUCAUCCCUGCUGCUCUCUCCGCGUCCAGAAGCCUCCCAUCCGGCGCCGUCCCACAGGUGUCCACGUGUCCGUCCGUCCGUCUGUCGGUCCCUCCCGGGGCCGGCGCUGGCCCUGCCCAGCGGCUGGCGCCUACACCUCGUGUGCCUGUUGUACAUCCUGGGGGCACCUGGUCAGCCUGCCCGAGCCGAUGACUGCAGCUCCCACUGUGACCUGGCCCACGGCUGCUGUGCACCUGACGGCUCCUGCAGGUGUGACCCGGGCUGGGAGGGGCUGCACUGUGAACGCUGUGUGAGGAUGCCUGGCUGCCAGCAUGGCACCUGCCACCAGCCCUGGCAGUGUAUCUGCCACAGUGGCUGGGCGGGCAAGUUCUGUGACAAAGAUGAGCACGUCUGCACCACGCAGUCCCCCUGCCGGAACGGAGGCCAGUGCGUGUAUGACGGGGGUGGGGAGUACCACUGUGUGUGCCCACCAGGCUUCCAUGGGCGUGACUGUGAGCGCAAGGCCGGGCCCUGUGAGCAGGCAGGAUCUCCAUGCCGGAACGGCGGGCAGUGCCAGGACGACAAGGGCUUUGCCCUCAACUUCACGUGCCGUUGCCUGGCGGGCUUUGUGGGGGCCCACUGUGAGGUGAAUGUGGACGACUGCCUGAUGCGGCCUUGUGCUAAUGGUGCCACCUGCCUGGACGGCAUAAACCGCUUCUCCUGCCUCUGCCCUGAGGGCUUUGCUGGACGCUUCUGCACCGUUAACCUGGAUGACUGUGCCAGCCGCCCAUGCCAGAGAGGGGCCCGCUGUCGGGACCGCGUCCACGACUUUGACUGUCUCUGUCCCAGUGGUUAUGGUGGCAAGACUUGUGAGCUUGUCCUACCUGUCCUGGACCCCGCCACGACAGUGGACACCCCCGUGAGGCCCACCACAGCUGUGGUGGUUCCUGCCACAGGGCCUGCCUCCCACAGCGCAGGAGCAGGCCUGCUGCGGAUCUCCGUGAAGGAGGUAGUGCGAAGGCAAGAGGCCGGGCUCGGUGAGUCGAGCCUGGUGGCUCUGGUGGUGUUUGGGGCUCUCACUGCCGCCCUGGUCCUGGCCACCGUGUUGCUGACCCUGAGGGCCUGGCGCCGGGGCAUCUGCCCCCCUGGACCGUGUUGGUACCCGGCCCCACACUAUGCCCCCGCGUGCCAGGACCAGGAGUGUCAGGUCAGCAUGCUGCCAGCAGGGCCCCCCCUGCCGCCUGACCUGCCCGAGCCUGGAAAGACCACAGAACUGUGACGGAGGCGGGGGCUG